UAGGCCUAAAGUUAGACAGUGAAGCAUGAUCGGUCCAUUAAUAAACAGAAACUAAAUAUUUUUGCGCAACAUAUAGAUCAACUAAUAACGUAGCCUACAGUUGAACUGAAGGAAAACGCUCAUAGAUGUUUAAGCUCUGCCCGACAACACACUUUUCCACUGCUUCGAAAUACGAAACUCAACUUCCGGGUUGAAGUCGACGCGCAGAAGAGGACAUCCGAAAGCCGUCAUAUCCAAUCAUAUGGGCAUCUUGCAGCUGUUGUAUGAUUAUUGCUGACAUCGACUGGAAAUUGCGAAGUUGGGGAUAUAACGGAGCGAAUUUUUCGCAGCCACGGCCCAUGAAAGCCCUUCUGCAGUGCACUGAAUGAUGACAACAGCUUCCAACGUUUUCCAAGGCACAUGAAGACUUGCCCAUUGGUGGAGCUAGCAUCAUACAGCUUGCUAGUUGGCUAUUUUAAUUUCAUUUCGACAGUGCAGUGCAGCCGCCAUUGUUGUUAGUUACACAUUUUGGUGUAACUAACUAUCGGGGUUUUUGUUUUAAUAUCUGGGCCUAUCUUGUAUUUGUAUGUGUGGUGGUCUGCAUUUAGCACGCAAGGUCCACUGUAAAACAAGGCAAUACAAGCCCAAAUAACUAGCUAGCUAAGUCAGCUAGCAUUAUUGCAGCUAUUAGGCUAAAUCUGACAGGUAAACAAAAGAAGACUGCUUACACGAAACUGUACACAGUCGCGAGGCGUGUGUACCUUUGCAUUUGUUGAACCAGUCCCUUGAGGGGGAACAAGUCAUGUCUCACGGAAAACGAAAAGAGAUCUACAAAUACGAGGCACCAUGGACUGUGUACGCGAUGAAUUGGAGCGUUCGGCCCGACAAGCGCUUCCGUCUGGCUCUUGGCAGCUUCGUGGAAGAAUACAAUAAUAAGGUUCAGCUGGUGGGUCUGGAGGAGGAAAGCUCAGAGUUUGUGUGUCGGAACACCUUUGACCACCCGUACCCCACAACUAAAAUCAUGUGGAUCCCAGACACCAAAGGGGUGUAUCCCGAUUUAUUGGCCACAAGUGGGGACUAUCUCCGUAUCUGGAGGGUGGGAGAGACAGACACACGGCUGGAGUGCCUCCUAAACAACAACAAAAACUCUGACUUUUGUGCCCCCCUCACCUCUUUCGACUGGAACGAAGUUGACCCAAAUCUUUUGGGCACGUCCAGCAUAGAUACCACCUGUACCAUCUGGGGGCUGGAGACAGGACAGGUCUUGGGUCGGGUCAACUUGGUUUCGGGCCACGUCAAAACACAGCUCAUCGCUCAUGACAAAGAGGUUUAUGACAUUGCAUUCAGCCGGGCGGGUGGAGGUCGGGACAUGUUUGCGUCGGUGGGGGCAGAUGGCUCGGUGCGCAUGUUCGACCUGCGCCACCUGGAGCACAGCACCAUCAUCUACGAGGACCCCCAGCACCACCCGCUGCUGCGCCUCUGCUGGAACAAGCAGGACCCCAACUACCUGGCUACCAUGGCUAUGGACGGCAUGGAGGUGGUGAUUUUGGACGUGCGAGUGCCCUGCACUCCAGUGGCCAGGCUGAAUAAUCACCGGGCGUGUGUGAACGGCAUCGCCUGGGCCCCCCACUCCUCCUGCCACAUCUGCACAGCAGCGGACGAUCACCAGGCGCUGAUCUGGGACAUCCAGCAGAUGCCGCGCGCCAUCGAGGACCCCAUCCUGGCCUACACGGCCGAGGGCGAGAUCAACAACGUACAGUGGGCCUCCACCCAGCCCGACUGGAUCUCCAUCUGCUACAACAACUGCCUGGAGAUCCUGCGCGUCUGAGAGCCUGAAUGUCUGAGCCUGGCAACAGAGAUGCGGGAGGACUCUUAUUCACUUUCAUACACACACCACACAAACACACACACACACAGACACUCACUCACUCACUCCAUUUCUUUAUCUGUCCUAUUUCUCUCAUAAACUUCUGUCUCUUCUCUCUCCUGCUCGGUCACUCUUUGACAGCCCUUUCACAAUCUUUGCUGUUGUGAUCUUCAGGUUGGUCUUUCCAGUCUUUUCCUAUCCAUCUGGUCUAUUCAAUCUCUCUCUCUCUCUCUCGUUCCAUAUCUCUGUCUGCCCUGUUGUAUUGUAUUAUUCAUCCCAUUGUACAUGGUCAUGGACGGAUACAUGAGCUCCCCUCCAAAAUUUGGAAAGGACCUGCGGGCGCCAUGUUUUCAGUAUUUAUAAAGCUUGACACUGAUACAGAUGUUUUUCAUCAUGGCGUCGUGGUGCUGUUUGAUAAUGUAGUAGUAGAUCAUCUGGAUUUGAAGUGCUUUCAGUACGAGUUCAUCUCUCGAGUGGCUUUGUACAGCUUUACUGCUUAUUUGUAAUGUUCACAAAAAAUGUACUCUUGCAGGUUAGGUCUUUGUUUUUUUGAAGUUGUUGUGUUUUUUAUUUCUUUGUAUUUGAUGUGCUAUUUUUUUAGUUAUGUUUGGGGAAUUUUGAUGCAUUUCUGGUUUAUUAUUGACAUGUGGGUCAUUUGAAGGACUUCAACAACCCCCUUCCUUCUAAGGCCGAAGUGACUAGCCAUGAUAAAGACAUUUGAAGAAGCUGCGGCACAACCAGCUGGUCUGAGAUCAGCUGCAUGUUUUAUUGGUGUGUUUUUGUGUUUGUUAUCAUUUAUUAUUUCUAAAGUAGAUAUUUUCCUCUUGUCAAGACGAUACAGGAUGUGAAUUGAGACUAUUUAACGUUGUCUACGCGAGUCUGAAGUCAGUCAGGAAGGACACCACACAGAGAGAGGGGAGUUUUUCAGCCAACCAACACCAACACACAAGACAGAGAAACGCUGCCGCCCUCCUCUGAUCACAGCGGGUCUUGCCGUCAGAGACUUGGUCUUCACUUGGAACCGUCCUGCCU